AACAGGGCAAAACCAAUCAUCUCGUGGUCUGAAAUCCGAAAUCUCCGUCGUUUUUCUCUCUUCUGAAAGUCGUCUCUCAGAAACACAACACGUCACGACGCAGCUCGGUCCGAAAAUACCAAAAAAGAAAACAUAAAUUAAUUUUAAAGCUGUUGUAUCUCAAUCAUCGGAACCGAAUCAAAUUCCUAGCUUUGAAGCGGGAUUUCUAACUGAACGAACAUUUUGUUUUUUAAAAUAUGUUUUUUCUAUUCGAAUCUCGAUAAAGUUGCAGCUUGUUAUUGUACUUGUUGGCGUGAAAGAGGAUCCAACUCUCUGUUCUCUUCAGCUGCACGAAGACGACCGUCAAAUUCUAAAGGAUUUUCGGAAAUAAAUGGCCAAGCGUGGAUAUAAGCUGCAGGAAUUUACGGCACAUUCAGCGAACGUAAAUUGUCUGAGUAUUGGGAAGAAAGCAUGUCGGCUUCUUAUAACUGGUGGGGACGAUCACAAUGUCAAUCUUUGGGCGAUUGGGAAACCCACCUCUUUAAUGAGCCUGUGUGGUCAUACAAGUCCAGUUGAAUCUUUAGCUUUUGAUUCAGCUGAAGUGUUGGUGCUUGCCGGAGCUUCUGCUGGUGUGAUAAAGCUGUGGGAUUUGGAAGAAGCAAAGAUGGUGCGCACUCUUGCCGGACAUAGAUCCAAUUGCACUGCUGUUCAAUUUCAUCCAUUUGGAGAGUUCUUUGCUUCUGGGUCCAUGGACACAAAUUUAAGGGUUUGGGAUAUCAGGAAGAAAGGAUGCAUUCACACAUACAAGGGCCAUACUCGAGGAAUUAGUACUAUCAGAUUCACUCCUGAUGGUCGCUGGGUUGUGUCCGGUGGAUUUGAUAAUGUAGUAAAGGUGUGGGAUCUUACUGCUGGAAAACUUUUGCAUGACUUUAAGUUUCAUGAAGGGCAAAUUAAAUCCUUAGACUUCCAUCCCCUUGAGUUUCUCCUGGCCACAGGUUCGGCAGACAGAACUGUGAAAUUCUGGGAUUUGGAAACCUUUGAACUGAUUGGAUCUACCAGACCUGAGACUACUGGAGUUCGCUCGAUUACCUUUCAUCCUGAUGGUCGGACCCUAUUUUGUGGUUUGGAUAAUAGUUUGAAGGUGUACUCAUGGGAGCCAGUUAUAUGUCACGAUGCUAUUGAUAUAGGAUGGUCAACACUUGAUGAUCUCUGUAUUAAUGACGGAAAGCUUUUGGGAUGUUCCUUCUAUCAAAAUUUUGUUGGAGUUUGGGUAGCAGAUGUGUCGCAUAUUGAGCCAUAUGGAGCUGGGAGACCUGAGCAAAAUGACUGUUCUGAGAAGAAAAUUAAUCCCUCCGAUUCCUAUUCUUCAGAGAAAGUGGGGAGUGGCAUUAGAUCCACUUCCAGUUUUUGCUGCAGGUCUCCUGAUUAUGGCACAAAGGAGAUAAAGACCAUAUAUGUUGACUCUAGCGGUGGAAAACCUGUGGCUUCUCAGAAAGUUGAGUCUUUGGAUUCUCCCAAAAUUGUACUCCCUGUGGAUUCCAAGGAAAUCACUGAUCUGCAAACAGAGAAGCAGAAUCCUGCAAUAGAUUUGCAGGCAAAAUCUAAUGCGCAGACAAUUAUUAAAUCUUUUGUUGUUCCUAGUAUUGUACCUUGUGAGAGUCCUGCUGGGAAAGACUCUUCCAAUUCUAGCAGAGAAUCUAUUGCCUUUUCUAAGACAAAACCUGGUAUGCUGCUCCGGCCAGCUCAUAUACGGAGGCCAUCAGUUACCAAGGUUGAAGCUGAAAAGCUGUCUAUACCUGUUGAAUCUGGAAGUUUUAGUAGUGGGAAGGACGAAGUGGACAGUGCAAAGGAUCCAAAAUUCCAAACUCAGCUUGUAUCAUUAGAUGGAGCUAGAAAAUCCUUUGAAAAGGACUCUGAUGUUAAGAGUUUUACAGAGAAGAUUGAAAAAGUUGUAGCUCUGCAAGGGCCUUUGAAUCAAGAAAAUUGUGAUGAAUCACUUAAUGACAGCAAUGGAAUUCAGUCUGUCAAAUAUGUCAAUGGAGUUGCAGUUGUACGGGGAAGGACACGCUCUCUGGUAGAGAGGUUUGAAAGAAGAGAGGGAUUUAAUACCAAUGAUGAUCAAGCAAUUAAUGCCACUCUAAAGAGGACAGUUAGUAGAAAAGAAGACCAAACAACAAUUAUCACACCUAGCAAGAGACUUGGUUGCAAUGAAGAUCAAGCAGCUAAGGUUACCUCUCAAAUGAGAAUUGAUAGAGAUACAGAUCAAACAACUAACUCUAUCACUCUUAUGAGAUUUCAAAACAAUGAAGGUCAAGCAACUAAUACUACCUCUCCUGUGAGAUCUAAGAAUAGUGAAGAUCAAGCCGCGAGUACUACCCCUCCAGUAAGAUUUAUGAACAUUGAGGAUCAAAUGACUAAUGCUACCCUUCCAGUGAGAACUAAGAACAGUGAGGAUCAGACAACUCACACUAGCUCUCCAGGGAGAUUUAUGAACAGUGAAGAUCGAGAAUCUGAUACUACCCCUCCUGGGAGAUUUUUGAACGGUGAAGAUCAAACAACUAAUACCACCCCUCCUCGGAGAUUAAAGAACAGUGAAGAUCAAGUGGCUAGUAUCACCACUCCUGGGAGAUUUAAGAACAGUGAAGAUCAAGUGGCUAGUACCACCCCUCCUGGGAGAUUUAAGAACAGUGAAGAUCAAGUGGCUUGUACUACCCCUUCUGGGAGAAUUAAGAACAGUGUAGAUCAAGUGACUAGCAUUACCCCUCCAGUGAGAUUCAAAAGAAGUGAAACUCAAGCAAAUAAUACUACUCCUGUGAAAUUUAAGAAAAGGGAAGAUCAACUGACCAAGGUUAUCCCUUCUAUGAGAUUUAAGUACAACGAAGACCUACCAACUAAUGCGACUACUUACAUGAGAUGUAAGAACAGUGAAGAGAAGGUAAGUAAUACUGCUCCUCCUGUGAGAAACAGGAGUGAUGGAGAGCAAGCAACUAUUAUAAGCUCUCACAUGAUGGUUGAAGCUGAAGAAAGCCCCACCAUUCUGUAUCAAGAACUGCAAACUUCAGGAAGGGAUACCACCUCUGCAAAUGAUGGGAAAGUUAUUGAAAUUUUGAUGCAAACUCAUGAUGCAUUCAUAAGUACUCUUCGGUCCCGCUUGACAAAAUUACAGGUGGUUCGACAUUUUUGGGAAAAAAAUGACAUUAAAGGUGCUAUUGGUGCCAUGAGGAAGCUGCCAGAUCAUUCUGUGCAAGCUGAUACAAUCAGUAUCCUGAUGGAGAAAAUGGAGAUUCUCAACUUGGAUUUAUUUUUGUGCUUGCUUCCUGUGCUUGUUGGUCUACUGGACAGCAAGAUGGAAAGGCAUGCAAACAUCUCAUUGGAGAUGCUUCUGAAACUUGUAGCAGUAUUUGGCCCAAUGAUAUGCUCAACCGUUUCAGCACCUCCUGCUGUAGGUGUUGAUCUUCACCUAGAGCAAAGGCGAGAAUGCUGCAAGCAGUGUUUUGUACAUCUUCAGAAGAUCCAGAAAAUUCUCCCAAUUCUUGUAAGGAGGGGUGGCUUGCUUGGAAAAUGUGCUUCAGAAUUGAAUCUAGUUCUUCAAGAAUCAUAGGCAAUCCUCAAGCCAAUACUAGAUUCUGCAAAACCUCUUAAGAGCAGCUUGGCCGAUACUAACCAGAUACUAGGCAUUUCCACAUCUUUUUGUGUGUAUUCACAAUUAUGUCUUGCUGCUUCAUACAUUUCGCUUUCAUCAGCGGCUUGCCUCGGUCUCUGAGAUGCCAUAGGUCGAGAUUCUCCUGAGUAAAGAUAACAGCAGUGCCAUACAUUUAGCAGCCAGCACCUGCAUUUUCAGAAGUUGGAAAACCUUUCAAUGUUGGCCUUCUGCUACCGUGCGGGAAAUUUCCUAGCAUGAUUCUUUGAUUCCAGAUGAAGUGUAAUUUUCCAUUUAAAUGAAUGCAAGUAUGGUCCAGUAUAUGCAUUAUAUGCAUCUUGUAUUUGUAAUGAUCAAUCAAAUACGUAUACUUCCCUAUCUUCCCAUCA